GACCGGAAUCCUCUCUCUAUAAUGGCGCGGUUUCUCUGUCGUACAAUGCUACGCCACGGUCAAGCCGCCGCCGCCUCCUCCUCGUCGGUCGGCCCAAAGGUUGUUCGACCUUGCUUUUCUCUUCAACACCACCGGCACCGAUCAUCCAAGGCUUCCAAACCCCAGCUCAUUCAGAUCGAGUUAGGCUCUUCUUCUUCGUCGUCAACCUCGUCUUCUCUGAAUGAGGGCGAGUACGAGUUGGCUUUGAAGAGGUUCGAUGAACUUAUCCAGCGAAUUCUCGUGAAGAAAGCCACGCCCGAUUGGCUGCCCUUCGUCCCAGGCUCGUCGUUCUGGGUCCCGCCCCGAGCAUCCUCUCCUGGAAAUGUGGUGGAUUUGGUUGAGAAAUUGACGAAUGACCUAAGCGACGAGGAGUGCAUGUCCAUUACCUCGCUUUGGGGUUGGCCUUGCUCCAAUUUCUUCAUCAAAGAAAAUGAAUCUGCUCAUAUGGAUGCUGAUGUGGAGUUAAACGGGCCAGAAGAGAUGGGAGUGAGAGUACAAGUUAAGGUUUUAUCAGUUCCGGAAAAUGUAGCUAUAUCAGAAGAUGAGGAGAGCUGACACACAAUUUAACUGGACCAGUUACUGUGGAUUUUCUGGAUCGCAAGUUGACCACGUCCAAGAUUGAGCAGCUUGCAUGGAAGAAGGUCAAUGCAAGGCAAAUGAAGAUUCAUACGAUUGCAGUGCUGGUUGGGUUGUCAUUGGAAUACCCUUCUCACUCUACUUGGUCUCAGUGUCAUUGUUUAUAUUUAGUUGUUGACCAUGGUUGUCAAAUUGAGAAUCAUCAGUUUGUGUUGGGUAUUUGAACUCUUCUCAGAGGAAUGUAUGUAUUUGUUCAUGCAAACUGAUAAAAGCAUAUUUUUCUUGGUGCAUUCUUAAGGAUCACGAACUUAUAUCAAUGUAUACAACAGACGUGAAUAUCUCAAAAUAAAUAUAAUCAAAUCUUAUUUGUAGUAA